AUUACUUUUUCUUCAUUCCAACAAGUUACUUCUCCUUAGAGAGAAACAUCAAACAUGGGUCUUGCACUUUCUCUGCCCAUGUUCUUGGAGGCUUAUCGGCAGCUGUGAGAAUUUAGAGAUUUUAAGAUUUACUUAACCAUAAAACAACAAAGUCCUUGAAUUGACAUUAAUUUCUUUUCAACCCCUUUGAGGGCCAAGUUGCUUUGAGGUUGAGGUUUGGCUCUGGCAUCUUAAAAGGGACAUCAUAAAGCAACAUAGUUUUGUGGGAGCAACACUAUUAUUGGUCAUGGAUUGGCACGGGAAAGAGCUUGCUUGGGAUCCACGUGGGUUGGAGUUGGCUAAUGGUGAAGGGCAGAAGAAUGAAGCAGCCUCAGUGGAUUUGAGGCUUGGUGAGGAAAAACCGCUCCCAGAUGGUGCUAAGGACGCAAAAGACUCAAAAACUGUGUCAUCUCCAUCUGGGUCAUCAAAAAGGGCACGCCUUCAGAAUGGAUCACAGAACAUGUGUUGUUCUGUUGAUGGGUGCAGUUCUGACCUCAGUGACUGCAGAGAGUAUCACAGGCGCCACAGGGUCUGUGAGAAGCACUCCAAAACCCCUGUGGUGCUGGUGGGGGGGAAACAGCAGCGGUUCUGCCAGCAAUGCAGCAGGUUUCAUUCACUUGGGGAGUUUGAUGAGGUUAAGAGGAGUUGUAGGAAGAGGCUUGAUGGGCAUAACAGGCGCAGGAGGAAGCCUCAGCCACCCUCUCUUUUCAUGUCUGCUGAGAAAUUCAUGUAUAAUUACAAAGGACCUAGAAUCCUACACUUUGGUAGCCCUGAGACAUAUGCCAACCCUCUUAUGAGAAAUAUGUGGCCUGCUACUGCCAAAACUGGAGCAGAAUCUGGUUAUGAUCCUCCAAGGCUUUUAUACAGAAUUGACAAGCAUAAGCAAGAUAAGGGACAUCCUCUUUGGCAAGAAAAUGACCCUAAAGUAGGCAUUGGCUACGAAGCAAUGCCUGGAACUCCCAUUUCUCAGCCUGUUCAUGGAACCAUUGCCCCAUCAAUGGGCGGAAAGAGCGGCCGGAAGCUCUCUUCAGAUGCAAAACCUGGAUCCUUUGACUCAGGUUGUGCUCUCUAUCUUCUGUCAACACUUCAGUCACAAAGUCCAGAGUUAAGUAUGGUGCAAUCUGGCAUCACCUGUCCUAUGCAGUCUCCAACAAGAACUGUGCAUUUUGAUGCUGUGAAUGAGUAUGCAUGCCAAGAAACAUCAAAAGAUAAGAACAGUGGUCAAGUAUUGGUUCUUGAUGCAAACACAACCAACCUUCAUUACAAUGGAAUGCUGCAAAUGGGGCUCGAUGGAUUGGUUGAAAAUGAGGACUCACUAACACUUCCCUUCUUGUGGGAGUAAGUAGCUGAAUGAUUAUGUCUUUGUUGGGAAAUUUAUGAAUUCAAAACUUUAUGUGUCUGUACUCCAAUAAUUGAAGCUUAAACUUGUUGAAGCUUUCAAUUAGGAUCCUUUGUUGCUGUCAAUUCAAAUUGUGGUCGCACAAUUGAUUUUGCUGCGGAGAAUUUAAUGGAUUGUAUGCCAUCAACUAUGUUCUUUCUUUUGUCAUGUGAUCAGUUUGAACAGUUCAUUACGUUAUUUUCUUUAAUGAAAGUUUUUAGGCUUGUUGAGA